UUAUUUAAUAGCUGACGAUACAAAUCAAGAUUAUUUCCUUUCUGAUGUAGACUUCUUCCACGAAGAUUCAGACAAAACCGAGCUUGGAUGGAACUGAACAAGAUUUGGCGAACGAAUACAAAGGUCAAAGGCUUUAUUAUUGAGAAAGUAAAAGGAGGUUAUUCAGUAGCCAUCGCAGGUUUCAUUACUUUUCUUCCAUUCCGUCGCAGAAGGAAAAGGAUAUCGAAUGAUCGAUUCACCAUUGAGAACAUUAACCCCAAAAAGACGAAUAUUGUGGUGUUCUAACAGCGGCAGAUCAAAGAAGAACUUGAUGACCUGAGAAAAAGAUAAAUUUUGGUUUUGAUUUCUUAUUUUUAGUUAGUGACGAUAUAUAUGAUUUUUAGCUUAAUUGUGUAAUUAGAUGGACCACUGUUGUGUUUCCAUAAUAUCUAAGGAGUAAGGACCAAAAGUGCAAUUUAUGCUUUUUAAUUUUCUUCAUUUUAGUUGUGGCUUGUGAAUGAUACUCCAUCUGUCCCAUUUUAUAUGACAGUUUUUGACUGCACAAUGAACUUUCAAUAAUUAAAGUGACUUAUGUAUUGUAUUAGUGAUAGUGGAAACAUUAUCAAAGUAAUAUCAAAACAUUGAGUUCUAGAGUUCAUCCCAUUUAAAGUUUAAGAUUUGAAUAAUCAAAUAUUUGAAUUCCUGAAAGUUGUGAAAAUUGUAUUGAAUAAUAGAAUGCUGUGAAUAACAUGUUUUUUUUUUCCUCUGAUGCAUUUUGUAUAUGUGAUUUCAUAUCUUGAAUAGAGCUUUUCACUUGAUAAGAAAACUGGGAAGAAAUGUAUUAUGGUGGCACCAAAGGAAAUUGCUUUUUCAUGGGAGCAUACACCACAAUAUUGGGGACUCUCAUAUUACCCCGAAUCCAGAUUCUCAGAAAUUGCUUAUUUCCGGGGUUUUUGUUGGCUUGAUAUCCGUGGCAAGAUUGCAAGUCAAAUGUUGUCAAAGAGAACAACAUAUGUCGUGUAUCUGGUGUUCAACUUCGCGCCAGAUGAAUUUGACGGUCUUGAAAUUGGUCAGUCAGUUGUUAAAUUUGUCAGUUGUGAGAGUGACAAUGAAGCUGAGGAACGACGAAAAAGAAGAGUUGAUGAAUGGAUGGAAAUAGAAAUGGGGAAGUUUUUCAAUGACAGCGGAGAGGAUAGAGAUGUUGAAGUGCGAUUAAUGGAGAUCAGGCGUCGUUAUGGUAGAGGUGGCCUCUUAGUUCAAGGAAUAGAGUUUCGACCAGAAUGAACACGAGAAUCUCUCUGUUUUCUAUAGAUUUAAAUUCUUCUGAAUAUGGCCCUUCUCACCAAAGAUUUGCUAUAUGAAAAACGCAAUUCUAGUGCCUGCUGCGAAUAUAAUUGUUCAAUUUAAUACUCCAAGUUUGUACAAUUUGUUCACGUAUA